AUGCUUAACUACCUUAUCAAUCCAUGUUAUGCAUCUGCUGUACUCACCUUGGUUAUUGGCCUAAUUGUACAUUACCUAUCACAAUAUUAUGCGGCAAUUAAAAACUACCCGCCCGUAUUUCGUAACUACAAAAAACACUGGAACCUUGAACUGAUAAAACUGUACAAAAUAUACGGCCCAGUGUUUACUAUUUGGAUAGGACCAUGGCCAUUUGUCAUCGUAUGCGACCUGGACAUUGCCAAAGAGGCAUUUAGCAAGGUUGAUUUCUCUGGUCGACCACCUAACGAUAAGCACACUGAGAUCGCUUUCGCCGAUUACGGCAAGACAUGGGAGGCCUUACGAAAGGUAGGCCACAGCGCCGUUAGAAAAUACGCCAAAUCUGCUGAAGUGUCGCAUUUGGUCAAUGAGACCGUGGCUGAGGUUUUGGACGCAAUUAAGGACAGGGAGGGCAUCGAUAAGCCCUUCCCGGCUGAGCCCUAUUCGUUCAAUCUGUUCGCAAACAUACAUAUGUCCGCUAUAUUCAGCCAAAAGUACAAAAUAGACCAAGCUGAAAUGGAAAAGUUUAACUAUUGCUUUGUGGGUUUCAUCACUGACCUGGGAAACCUAUGA